GUUGUGUUGUCUCAUGUUCACACCUGUUGUGUUAUCUUGUAGAAGGUAAGUCUUAGUCUCCCCGAAUACGCCUCUUCAUGUUAGUUGGGAUCAGCUGUUUCCAAGGUUACACGCUGGACCCUGCUGGUACGAGCUUUGCGCCAUCACGGACCAACGAGGCGACGAAUCUUUCAUUUUCUACACGAGACCUUUGUCGCCUUUGAUCACAGAACGCAUCAUGAAUUCGUAGUCAAGUCUGUAAUGACUUAAGUGACUGGGGUGUUGCUCUACGAGAUGACCUUUGAUGAAACGAUGUGUAGCCUGCGACGCGACGAGUUCAACUAUACCGAGAAAAGGCAAUUCUAUCGCGUGACCAGUGAACAGGUUGUUACACAGUACUUGCCAAGAUCGACUAGAGGCCCUUAUGUCUUUCAAGCCCAAAUUGGAUAUUGCUGGUCCUAUGUGACUAGAGAAGCUAUCGAACAGCAUUUGAAGUCAAUUGACCGAUAUGCCACUCCAUUCAUCUCCGUCUUUGAUAAUUUCGCUGAUGCGUUGAAGCGAGCCUACCACUUCUACCUCAGAGGCGACGAAAGAAUUUCGAUAGUCCAGAUCGACGCUACGGAAUUGGUUAAAUCAAACGGGAUUCAACAAAACAUCGACGCGCUUGUGCCGACAUGGAGAGGUAUCGGAAAUGGAAUCGACGAAUGGCUCUCAGUGGCUGAAAUAGCACCAGCCUUGGGUAUCCACCCCCAACUCGUCCAGAGAUCAGAGUGGCUUGCAUGUGGACAAAUAUCAAAUAGCAGAUUCACUGCAGCCUGGCCGAUCAUACAAGGCAAACUAUUCUUCGAACAGGAAAACGGCCAAGACUUAGUGGACCUCUUCACCUAUUACUGCGGGCGCAUGCCUGACUACAUCCGACAGCAGAGCGAAUCUGGUCGAUACGCAUAUGAUUGGGAUAACGAGGUUUUUUUCGAGACUGAAUGGUCGAAGAGUGAGAGAAGAUCGUCGUCAACCCAAAAUGGGUUCUCAGGUGCGGGCGUUGGACUUGGCGUUGCAUCCCAAUUGCCUCGCUUUACGAUGUUCGGUCACGCUGGUUUUCUACGCGGCAUGGUUGUGAUGGAUUGAUGUAUGAUAUGGUAUGUAAAGUUAUUUGUAAAUUGAGUGAUGAAC